UUUUCUACAUUCGACAACUCACAAGAAUCUAUUCCAGAUUUCAUAAUCUGUGGAUAUGAAUGAGUGAGUAGUCGAGAUGGAAUGAAAAAGAAGUGCAGGAAAUAAAACUGACAGCGGCCGACUGAUUCUGUAACUUGUUAAAAAUAAAAUUAUGAUCAUUACCUUCCAGUUCGAAAUUCCGUUUGUCGUUGUUGUGCAAAACAAUUUCAAAACAAUAAAUUAGCCACUCUCGACUCUAUUGCAGAAAAAUGCCUCUAUACGUAAUAUAACAAUUUUUUCGUAUACAUCAAGAUGGUUUACGAGUCCGUUCCUCGUACAGUUAGAAUACUCCUAUUAGGCGAACCUGGAGUCGGAAAAACGUCGCUGAUACUUUCUCUGGUAACCGAAGAGUUUACUGAACAUGUACCACCUAAAGCCGAAGAGAUAACAAUUCCUGCAGAUGUGACCCCGGAACAAGUACCGACCAACAUUAUCGACAUUUGUCUUGCUGAGCAAACACUAGAACAAGUGGGAGAAGAAAUAGAAAGAGCUCAUGUAAUAUGCAUAGUUUUCUCAGUAGACAGACAGGAGACAUUAAACAAAAUAGCCUCAUAUUGGCUGCCUUUUGUAAGAGAAAACUGUCCUGAUGAUUACAGAAAGCCAGUUAUUCUUGUUGGAAACAAAAUUGAUUUAAUUGAUUACUCCAUUAUUGAUAAUAUAUGGGAUAUAGCAGAGGAAUACCCAGAGGUAGACAGAUGUAUAGAAUGCUCAGCAAAAUCUCUUAUAAAUGUAUCUGAGAUGUUCUAUAAUGCACAAAAAGCUGUCCUGCACCCCAUUAAUCCCAUAUACAAUAUUGAAGAACAAGAGUUGACAGAAAAAUGCAAAAGGGCUUUAACAAGGAUAUUCAAGAUCUGUGAUUUAGAUGGAGAUGGCCUUUUAGAUGACUAUGAAGUGACAAUGUUUCAAAGAAAAUGUUUUGACUCACCUCUGCAAUUGCAGGUUUUAGAUGAGGUAAAAUCAGUAAUUGCUCAAAACAUAGCUGGUGGUAUAGAAAAUGAUUGUAUAACAAUAAAAGGUUUUAUUUUCUUACAUUGUUUAUUUAUUCAAAGAGGAAGAAAUGAAACAACAUGGACAGUACUUCGUAAAUUUGGCUAUGAGGAGAGCCUGGAAUUGACUCACAGUUAUUUAUAUGCUAACAUUAAGGUUCCUGUAGGCUGCACAACUGAACUUUCAUACAAAGGACAACAAUUUUUAACACAGUUGUUUGAAAAAUAUGACUCGGACAAAGAUGGCAUGCUUAAUCCUACUGAACUGAAAAAUGUGUUUUCCUGCUGUCCAAGAAUACCAUGGCAUAAUUUGCGGUACACUGUGCCUACAAAUGAUAAGGGAUAUUUAACUUUACAAGGUUGGAUGUGUCGGUGGACCUUAAUGACCUUGAUGGACUUGCAAAAUACUAGUGCCUAUCUAGCUUACUUGGGCUUCAAUUUUCUAGAAAAUGAAACACAAAAAUCUGCAAUACACAUAACACGUGAAAAAAAAGUAGAUAUUGCCAAGAAACAAUCGAGUCGAAAUGUUUACCAGUGCCAUAUCAUUGGUCCAAGGUCAUGUGGAAAGACAUCUAUUUGUAGAAGCUUUCUUGGUAUAGCACAUAAGAAAAUAAAACCGCACGCCAAUGAACGAGGUGACAGCAAUACAUACAGUGAGAAUUGUUGUAUAAAUACUGUAUUGGUGUAUGGUCAAGAAAAAUACUUAGUGUUAAAAGAAAUACCGAUAACACGCGUCUCGGAUCCUCUACAACCCCAUGAAGUCAAUUGUGAUGUUGCUUGUCUUGUAUAUGAUGUCGCUGCAAGUCGGUCAUUCGAAUAUAUCGCUAGGAUAUAUAUCAAAUACUUUGCCGAGAGUCAUAUUCCUGUGUUAAUAGUGGGAACUAAGGGUGAUGCGCUGAUUGCAAGACAAGAGUAUAUCCUCCAACCAGAUGUAUUUUGCAAUAAAUAUCAACUACUACCACCACAGUUGUUCAAUAUUAGAGAAAAUAAACAUGAUGUUUUCGUCAAACUCGCCACCAUGGCCGCAUUUCCACACUUGAAGCAUUUUGCCAGCUUGUCAGGCGAUAAUUCGUCAUGGUGGAAGGCGGGCAUUGGAGUUGCUGCCGCUACAGUCGUGGGACUCGUACUCAUUAAGAUAUUCAGCUUCCAGAAACGUUAGAUUAGAGUAUAUGCUGCAGCUUUUAUUUAUUGUACAUAAAUAUUGUUAUGUAUUAAAAAUAGUAUUGAAUUUAAAUGCUUGAAAAAUUAUUUAUUUUAGACCAAAGAGAAACCUUGAAUAGGACAAAUAAUAUAUUUUGUUUCAGUUGUAAAUAAAAAUUUUUGAUUGCGGAACGCGCUUUCAUUGUAAAAAUAUAAUGCCGUAAAACGGGGCGAAUAAAUACUCAAAAGGGGUGAUUACAUGUUGGCGAAUUUUCCUAGUAUCUAAUCACCAAGCUUCUGCGUCUAUUCACCCUGUUUCACCGUUACCUAAAUUAUCUGGUGCCUAGUCGACAAAUAUUUUACUGCUACAAGUUUUAGUCUUACCUGACCAAGUUAUAUAUAUCGCCGCUAAGGCGAAAAAAUAUCAGUACUUACCUACUUAUUCCAAAUUGUUAACACUGGUUUAGGUACAUUUCGCCUAGAUUCUCAACUUCCUAGAUUUCCUAUUAUGAAUGCUCUUAUCAAAGAAUAAAAAAAUAACAGAAAUUGGGAAAUAGCAACCCUUUUGGUGCUCUGGCGGUUUUAACUUCCUAACGAGACUGAGACCGAGGUAGGUAGUUUGAUAUCGGUGAGAAGUAGGGGCGGUGCGCUUGUAUAUAGGUAAUAAACUAGCUUCCACCCGCGUGUUAUGUUGAUAAAAAGUAGCCUAUGUCCUAUUCCGGAGUGUACCUACCUAUCCUAUACCUGCGCCAAAUUUCAUCCAGUCGUUUUGGCGUGAUUGAGCAACAAACAUCCAAUCAUCGUAACUUUCGUAUUUAUAAUAUUAGUAAGAUUAUUAAACCUAUCACCCCUAGCAUGGUGUGUAGGUGCUUCGAACGUAGGUAGGUAUCAAACAAAACGCUUACACAGGAAAAUGGCAUGGAGGAGCAUUUGAAUUGUUCCGUCGAGCGCUAGAAGCGAAUAACACGUCUACAAGCAUCAUUUUUGUUAUCUGCAUUAGGUCAGCAAUACACAUUUGAGUGUCGUGUUGCAAGCGUCCAUGGGGCAACGCCGAUUCUUACCAUUAUGGGAAUCGUUUGCUCGAUUUCCGACCUAUGUCAUGAAAAUAAAAAGCAUUGUGCCAACUUACUGAAGAAAUAUGACUACUUAUUAGGUAUCCUUGUGGUAUCUUUAGAUAGGUACCUAUAAUAAUAGCAUGUUCUGCCCAGUGGUUAGGCAGGUAACAUUUAUUCAUAUUUAUUCUAUUGUUUUUC